AUGAAGAAUGUUGCAAAAUCGAGAUUACUCCUGUUGUUCGUAUUGUUCGGAGAGCUGACAGCCCUGAUGCCGGAAGAAAAUUUCAGUGCUGCCAAUAUUAAUAAUUCUAACGUACCGGAUACGGAUGCAACGCAAAGGAAUUGCACGACAGGCAAUGGAACACCGGGGUCGUGCGUCCUCCGACGUUAUUGCGACUACGGGACUGUCUUCAUAGAUUUUACACUGUACGCUCCGCGAAAAUAUGUCAGACAAUGCGGCGACAAAGAAGCUUGCUGCCCCUUCACCGCUCAGCUUCCGGUGCUCCAAGCAAACACUUCAGAAGAUGACGCUUCGUUUGAAUUUGACGAAAACGAUUAA